GCUAAACUGAGACUUUGGCUCCUCCCUGCGCGGAGAUUUGAAAACUGCUUUGUGGAGGGAUCACCGUCUGCGAAGGAGAAGAAGAAGACGAACCUUUAGAUAGUUGACAAAACACACAUACAACAGACAUAAUUAGACAUGGCUCCGAGGAAAAGGGCGACCAAACAACGUAAAAACAACCUGAAGGUGGCCAAGCUCGAAGCCCUGCUGCAGGAUUUCGACAAUGAGGUGAAGACCAUUGUCGGGCAGCUGAUAGAGAAGAGGAACCAUCUGUUGAAAAGUGUUGACAACAGCUACAACAUGGCUAUAAUCAAGCUCCCCAAGGCGGUCAGGGGAAUGAACUGGUUGGAUCACUGCAGGUCAGAGAAACCCAAGUCACCAGAAGUGGAUGACGCAAAGAGAGAAGAGGAAGCCGCUCGGGUUGAGAGUGUCCUGGCUGAGGAACACGCAGUCCUUCCUAAAACUGUCAAGAAAACAUCAAAGAAAAAGGCCGAAGCCAAAUCAAGCCCAGAGGACGAGAACACCCCGGGCCACAACACAGUGAAAAAGGCGAGGGCUACAAGAAAACCACCAACCACAUCCAAAAGAGCCAAGGCUCUGUCAGUCAGCAAGCAGAACACCUCUGUUGCAAGGUCAAACAGGAAGCCUUUGGUCACUCCUGCCAGGAAUAUGAUGGACUCUUCUUUGAUGAUGGGCCCCACCCCUCUCGUCACGCCACGAUUCGACCCAAGGCUUCCCAAGACUCCUGCAGUGAGAAUUCCCCGCCACAAAGAGAGGGUCUACAGCAUUUCAGUCAACGGCUCUCCCAUCGCAGCAGGCAGCGAGGAAGUCGUCAUCAACGUCCCUAUUGGCAACGGAGAGAGCAUUCAGCUGCUGGCCAGUCAGAUGGACUCGGUGGAUCUGUCGUUACUGGAUGAGACCGCCCUGAAGAGCAUUCGGCUGCUGCAGAAUCGCCUCACAACACUGUGUGGACCGUCAGAGUGACCUCACCGGUGAUCUGCUCUCGCCUUGUACAAAUUUUUAUCAUUAUUUUUUUUCUUGAGAAUUUCUAUCUUCUUGGAGGUUUGCCUUUUAUAAAACCUAAAGUAGCUGUUUCAAGUUUCAUCGGUAUACAUUAUCUUUUUGAUCAGAUUUUAAGAGAUAAUAUGAAUGGAUUUUUUUAUAACCUGUCAAGGAACGACAUUUUACUUGUACAUAGCUUUCUUUCUUUUUUUUGUCAGAUAAAGGACAUUUAGUGGGAGUCAACAGAUGACAGUUUCGCAGCGUGUAAAUGUGGUAAAGUGUGGUUAAAAAAACCCUCUGUUUUAGAUUCUCCUGCUUUCUUUUGUAAUAUUGUCAUGUGAUGUGCUUCACAGGCUCCAGGACUCUUUAUUUCCAUAUGGCUAUUUUCUGUGGUCUUGUUCUAGGAUUAGGCUUAAUCCAUGUUUGGGGGAAGAUCUGCCUCAUAUGUCUGUUUUCUCACUUCAGUACGAUUCCAGUCUGUCCUGUUUUUGUCCCGCUGGCCUGUCAGACAACUUCUGAUGUUACUCUACUCUCUAAGUCUGAUGGCUUGUAAGAUUGUUCACUUUGAUACGUCCAUCUUGGUCUUUGUAAAUAUGAUUUACUGUAUGGUCCAUUCUUUGAUCUUGCUGAAAAUAUAUUUUCAGUCCACUC